AUGGCGGCUGGACAUAGAGCUAUCGUUAGAGAUCAUAUGUAUCUGAGGCAAGUGCCACGUCCUCGUGUUUUUCGCGAUAGGAGUAACCCUCUGGAGGACCUAAGGGAAGAGGAGAUAUUUGCUCGCUAUCGUUUCCGGCCGGAUACGAUCUACUUCAUUGUUGAUUUAUGCCAGGCAGCUGCCCGGGACACAGGCAGAUGUUUCGCAAUACCUUUAGUGUUAUGCGUUUUAAGCUACUUGCGGUUUUUGGCAACAGGAUCUUUCCAGUUGACUGUCGGUGACACUGUCAACCUGAGCCAGCCCACAGUAAGCAGAGUUUGCCGCCAGGUUGGACAGGUGCUUUCUGCUCUUGCAGACCGGUAUAUCUGCUUCCCCUCCGGUGAUCGUGUCCGCCAAGUGAAGCAGCAGUUCGGUGCCAUGGCUGGCUUUCCCAACGUUGUCGGGGCUGUAUGUGAUGCCUCAUAUAGGAUCACAUCAGCAGUAGUGAUGUGGCCAGGGAGGACACACGAGGCACGUAUCUGGCGCCAAUGUGCACUCCGAAGGAGGUUUGAAGAUGGUGAUGUGCAAGGGUUUUUACUUGCUGACAGUGGUUAUGCCUGUACAAGGUAUAUGUUAACCCCCUACAUGAAUCCUGUGGGAGAGGCACAGGCACGUUACAAUGGAGCACUGUGUCGCACAAGGGUCACUGUUGAGCAAACCUUUGGAAUUUUGAAGCAACGAUUUCAGGUACUUCGGAGGAAGUUGAAUUGUUCUCCAGAAAGGGCAUGUAUGCAUAUUAGAAACUGCAUCACAUUGCACAAUCUGGGGAUCGAUCGCAGGGAUAUCGUUGCUGUGGACCCAAUCGACCCUAUUGAUAACUCCCAUUAUCAUGGAGUUGAUGUUGGGGACAACAUGGAUGGGAGGGCCGAAAGGGAGUACGUGACCAGAAUGUACUUUGAGCGAUAG